GCAAAAGUGUCUUCCCUCCUUUCAAGGGCUAGUUUGACGACUUUGAUAAAGAGAGCGUCGAUUCUAAUAAACGUUCGAGACGCAACGAAAUAUAGACAUGUAUCGUUGUGUGAUGUAUAUGAAUUAGCGAGUACAAGCGAAGCGAUGAAUGAGGUCAAAUGGAACGGUAGCUUUAUCAUUAACAAUUCAUUGGCUGAAAUUUAUGAGCUGGAAUUUAAUAAAAUGUAUCUUGAACGUGCGAGGCACAACACGAGAUAUUGAAGGGUCACACGGUGUUGAUGUUAUUUUAUUGACGAGAUUAUUAAUACUGACAAGGAGUCAACAUUAGGUUUCAAGGAUGAACAAGAAAGUGGUCACCACGUUUUAUCUCAUGCUGAACAUUGCCUUCUCGAUCGCUAUUGUACUGCUGAAUAAAUGGCUUUACAUUCACACCAGGUUUCCAAACAUCACGUUGUCCAUGAUACACUUUGUUAUGACGUUUGUCGGUUUGAUUGUCUGCGAGAAAUUGGAUGUCUUCUGCGUCAAAGACAUCGACAUCAAGGAGAUGAUACUAAUCGCUAUGACAUUCUGUGGAUUUGUCGUUUUGACGAAUCUGAGUUUAGCUCAUAAUACCGUUGGAACUUAUCAAGUGGCAAAAAUGUUAACAACGCCCUGUGUAAUACUGAUGCAAAUGAUAUUUUACAGGAAGCGUUUUAGUUUGCUGGUCAAGCUGACACUGAUACCGAUUAUACUUGGAGUUAUAAUCAGCUUUUACUAUGAUAUACAAUUUAAUGUUGUAGGAACCAUUUACGCAGCAUUGGGAGUGUUUGUAACAUCGUUGUAUCAAGUUUUGGUAAAUAGAAAACAAAAGCAGUUUCAAAUGGAUCCAAUGCAAUUGUUAUUUUACCAAGCGCCAUUGUCUGCCAUUAUGCUCUUAGUUAUUGUUCCAAUUUUAGAGCCAGUAGGACAAACUUUUACCCAUGAUUGGUCACUGUUGGACGUAAUCAUGGUUGUAGUAUCGGGAAUAGUUGCAUUCUUUGUGAAUUUGACAUCUUACUGGAUAAUAGGAAAGACUUCACCUUUGACAUAUAAUAUGGUUGGACAUUCCAAGUUCUGUCUAAUAUGGUUGGGAGGCACGUUGCUUUUCCACGAAACAUUACAGAUCAAUCAAGUCAUUGGUAUAGCUCUGACAUUAGUGGGGAUUCUAUUAUACGCUCAUGUUAAAAUGAAAGACAGUCAGAUUGUGGCAACAGCUAGAGAAACGAAACCAUUGCAUAAAGUAUGAUUUCAUUCCAAAAUCAAAGAAAAUAGUCGAUCGCAUUGAAAAAGAGCAAUUAUGGUACUUAAAACGCACAUAAGCAUGUUUUGUAAAUAUACAAUAUUGUACAGAAUAAACUUUUAUUUAUUAUUUCUAAAGUUGCUCCAAAUUUCUUUCUAAAAAACAAUCUUUAAAAAAAAAAAAAUUAGAUUAAACGAAAUUUCUCUCAAACCUCAAAAGUAAAACUACAAGAGAAAAUUGUAU